AUGAUGUUCGAAAGUUGGGUUGUUGAAAACGCGGUGAGUUUUUCCAAAUUAGAAAAUUUUGAUUUUUUAGAAUAUUCCCUGCACGAUACCGGUCCCUGAAGGCUCCCUGGAAACGAAAAAUUAUGCUCGAUUGGAAAUCUUCGGGCGUACAGUAAAAGGUGAACAAGAAGGGUUGGUUUUAUAAUACUUUUAUCACUGAGGAAAUCGAUUUUUCAAACCCUAAAAAUAAAAAGUUACUGAAAAUUUUUUUAAACAAAGCUGAAAUGGAAUAAAAAGCCGCAUAGCUCAGAAGCUUUUGAGCUCCAAGGCUAAUUUUUGAAGCAUAUUAGAAAUAACUAUAUAAUGUUAUUGCACUAAUCAAGGGACAAAAAUCUCAAAAGUGAAUUUUUUUAGUGAAAAAUUAAUUAAAAACAGCCGUUAUUCAAAUUUGUUCACGCAAUUUAGAGCUCUAUCGUUCAUCUUCAAAUUAAAAAUUUUCCUUGAUUUUUAAUCUCAAAGAGAUUCUGCUACAUACCUUUACAGUUUCACUUUAGAAAUUUAAAAAUCUUGUUUACCCAUGGAGCGCACAAGACACGUUUGAACUUUUUCCGCGGCUAUUUUUUCUUUUUCUACCAUUAUUUUUAAUUUUGAUUUUUUUGCGUUUUUUCAUACGAAGCUCCUUCAGAUCUUUCUCCCUAUCGUUCACCUCAAUGAAAAAAGCAACCCAGCCUUUUUUAUUGGCCCUACGGGUUGGAAUGUAUCACGCCGACACGACAAUUAUCCUCAACCAUCUUCAGGAUGGCAAGUAAUACUUUUUUCUCAUUUUGAAGAAAAACUGAUUCCGCUGCAUUGAUGUUUUUGAACUCAGAUGGAACAAGGAGAAAAAGUACCACAAUUUCAUCCGAAUUGGUGAGCCUCUGCAUCUUGUGAUCGACAUCUGCAAGAAGAACUACACGGUUUCAAAAAAACAUUUUUUUUGAUCAAUGUAUCGAUUGAUCAGGUCUACGCAAAUGGGCGACUCGUGGAGGAGUACCCCAUAAAAGUGGAAAAGAAGCUGAUAAAUGGGAUCACUUUGAUGGGAGACGUUUCGGCGCAGAAGAUUUCCUACCGAAACUUUGGCGAUAUCAAGCCGGAACCUAUUGUCACAGGUAUUACAGGUGAUUUUUCAUUAACCCGUGGUUUUAUAUAAAAAGAUAUCUCACCUAUAAAAAGUAUCUUCAAAAGUGUUAUUCAGAACGGUCGCACGCCUCUGGCUCAAAUUAGAUACCUCGAUGAUUUUCAAUAAGGAAAUGCGCAAGUCGUUUUAUGUCGGGCGCACUUGGAAAAAAUUGCAGCAGCAGAGCAUCAAGUCCGAAUACACUUUAGAAAGUGUAUUCGCUGAUUGUUCAUGCCAUAAAAUGAAUUUUAAAAAUUGGUUUAUGGGAAAUAAAAAAAUCUUUUAGAGAAAAUAGUAGGAUAAAUAGCAAAACAAAUAUUACAAUGACGGAAAUUUAUCAAAACUGCCAAAAAAAUAUAAUUUAGGAAAUCUUCCGUUAUGAAAAAAGUUGAAAACUUCAGGAUCGCUAGCCAUGACUCCGACGUCUCCUACCGGUUCUACCAACUCUUUUUCCCUCUUACCUGCACCUCAAACUCCGCCUCCUCGACCUCCAGCAUCUUCUAAAGCACCUGGAGAGCUACCAGUAAAAACUGACUUCAAAUAAAGGAAAAAAAAAUUCUUAUUUUUCUUGAAUUCAUCGUUGGAUAAAUUCUUGAGAACUGCAAUAGAAAUUAAAACUUUGAAAUUACCGAAUGGGUCUUCUUUCAUUACAAAAAAUUGGAAUCUUUGAAAAUCGGUUCUAUUUUGGGAUGCUAUCUGUACAAUAUCACAAAUUUAAAAUGGAAAAAAGUCAUUAAAAAGUCAGAAUAUUUUCUCCUUGGAGCACAGAUUCAAAAAAAAAAAAAUCUGUUUUAGGCUGAUUUUUCCAUUCAUGCAUACCAAAACCUGCCCUGAAGUCGAAGUCGAAAUCAAAGCUCGACCAAAAUAGCCCCAAAAACACAUGAUAAUGAAUAAAAAAGUGGCGUCUGACCCAUGCAAAUCGACAAGACUCUUAUCAAUCACGAACGCCGAAGGGCAAAACUUUCAAAUUUUUAACUGGUGUUCAUACAAAAACAUGCUCUUUAUAUUUUUCCUACUUUUUAUUUCUAUGUUCUUCAACUUUGAGUAAAGAGGAAAUGUAAGUUAAACACGAUUAAACGUUAUCAGUAGGUCAGAAUCUUUCCAGAUUAUCAUCUAAUCAGCAGGAAAUAACGGUUAGUUAUUGAUUAUUUCGUGUCUACUCCGCCGUUCGAAAUAAAUCAGGAAGUUUCCAAAAUACUGCUCGAAGCGGCGUCGAAAGGAGAUCUUGACAAAGUUACCGAACUGCUCGAGUCCGGCGCCGACGUUGAUUCCAAGGAUUUCGUCGGGGCGACUCCGAUUUAUUGGGCCUCCGAAAAAGGACAUUUGGAGGUGGUUCGACUACUUCUGGACCAUGAAGCCGAUGUUGAAAUCGCCAACAAGGUGAGUUUAAAAAGGAAUAAUCGAAGAUAUUCUUCGCAGGAUGGCUGGACCCCGCUCCUUUCGGCGUCGUUCUACGGAAAAGAGGAAAUCGUGACGACUUUGCUCAGACAUGGCGCUGAUCCGAACGCUCAGAACGGGCGCGGGUUCACCGCGCUGCAGUUGGCGGCGUUCAGAAACCAUCCGGGAAUCGCUAGAAUUCUUCUGGAGUACGGAGCUGAGAUGAAUCAUAACAAGGUGAGUCUUGUCUACUACUCGAUAAUGUUUCAAAGCUACCACUUGUUCCCAAUUUCUUCCCAAAAUCGUGGUCCUUUUAGUGUGAAGUUCAGAAUUUUCGGAAAAUUUUCUCAAACACUCUGAAAGGUCAUCGAGGAUGGCGGAAUUUUUAGUUUUGUCUCUCUUUUCUUUUAGCCAGGCUGGAACGCUCUGCACAUCGCUUCGAAAGAAGGCCACACCGACGUCGUCAAGGAGAUGCUCGAGAAUGGCGCCGACAUCAGCGAACCCGACGUCAACGGCUUCACGCCUCUGCAUCAGGCUCUCCAGAAGAACCACACCGAAGUCGUUCGAUACCUAAUCGAUCAGGGAGCUCAAGUCAACGCUAGGAACAAGGCAAGUUCAACAGACAAAAAGGCGGAAAUUCGGAGAUUUCAGGAAGAAGAAACACCGCUUCACAUUGCCUGCCAGGGCGGUAACUUGGCUCCUAUCGAGAUUUUAGUUGAGAACGAAGCCAAACUCGACGAGCAGGACAUUAGAGGGAAUACACCGUUAAUUUACGCGACUUUCUUCAAUUAUACUGAAAUUUUGCGAUAUUUGAUAUCCGUUGGGGCUAAUGUCAAACUGGCGAACAAGGUUUGUCCCUUCUCGACCUGAAUUUAAGCCUAAACUUCUGUGUGAACUUCUAUUUUUGAAGAUUUGAAGUGAUAGAAAAUCUGCAAAACUCUUGUAACUGAACACGGAUCUUUCGGAAAUACAAGAUUCCAAAAAACAGUUUCGGUUGUUGAAUAAUUUUAUGAAUAUUCAACUGAAAUUCUAAAACGGGCUUGACUAACAAUCUAGUUCCAAAAGUCGAAACGACUCCAACCUGUAUUCUUCAAGAACGGAACAACUGCCCUACACAUCGCAGCGGCCAAAGGGUACAUGCCAAUCGUGGAAUUGUUAGUGAAGAACGGAAGUGACGUCAACGCCGUCGACACCCACGGCAACACGCCGUUCCUCGAAGCCGUCGCCAAUAAUUCCGUCCAAGUGGCCCGUUAUCUUCUCAAUACUCAAGCCAAUCAUACUAUUUCCAACAAGGUUCAAAAUCAUUCGUCGAAAAUCAAAGAACUAACAAUACAGAAAAACGAAACUGCCUUGGAAAUAGCUCAGAAGAACAGUUUUGGAAUGAUGGAGGAGACCAUAAGGGCGGCGCAAAUGAAAGAAGCCGUUGGCAUUUCGUUCGACAAGGUAAGAAUAGAAAAGUUCCAGGUCUCGAUUUUUCUUUCUUGAAACGCAAAAACAAAAUUUAAAAAGGUCAUAAUAUUAAAAAAAUUGAGUCCCGACAUCUUUGCGCUCCAGUGAAACGCCAAAAAAAAAAAAUGAAAAUUUUUGCCGUGUUCAAAGUAAUUUCCGCGAAAUGCAAAAUGAUCUCUGACUCUCCAAAAUUUAGUGAUCUUUUCCUUUCUCUAACGGGUAUUUUGCAUUUCGCGGAAAUUACUUUGAACACGGCAUUUAUUUGCAGUGUCUUUUUUUUCUCUUAUUCCUUCUUGUUCUAUAUAUUUGUAUUUUUAUAAAACUUGAGUGAAUGUCAAAGUACGAUCUUUGCAAGUAAUGGAAAGUUAAAGACGUCAAGUUUUCUUUUUUUUUAUUCGGUAUUUAUUGGAGUUUUAAAAAGCGUUUUAUGCGUAAUUUUGUCAAACCUUUGAAACGUUUUAACUUUAGAAAGUAUUCUGAAAAUUCUCAAUUUUGAAAGCGCAUUACAUUUUUAUUAUUUGACAUAGAAAUCAAAAGAUUUAAUUCUUUAAAAUACUUCUUAAUAUUUGAAAAAUUGAAAAUUGUAACUGAGAUGGAGAUUCAUUUGUUUUUUCGACAUUUAAAGUUAAUUUUUUUGACUCUGAAUUACUGUAAUUUAUCAACAAUAUUGUAUUCAGGAUGACGCGACGUUCCUUGGCCUUCCAAUGAAACAAUUUUUCUAUGCUUGUCUGAUUUUACUACUUGCUUUUUUCGCCGUCUUUCUUCUGCGAAGAAGCGUGAGUCUAUCACUUUGUUUUGUUAUCAAAAUUAUCAAUUUCAGUGCUCUUCGAAGUUGAAAGGACAUGACGUUCAAGACGAUCGAAUCCCUCUGGAAACUAUCAACAGUGGUACAGGCAGUUAUGUUCGUUUUGUUGUCGAUGAUCAUGAAGUCUGAAACUUGUUGCCAAUCAGUUUUUAUUUGAAACGGUCAGUUAAUUACAGCUUAAUCAAUUAGAUAAUUGGGUUGCAAUAAUUUUGAGACAGAGUGAAAAGAAAAGUGAGAAAUUAUAAGUGCAAAUGGCAAAAACUGUAAAGAAGGACAACAAAAAGAGCAAAAAGAAUAUGCUCGUCAAGGGUUUCAAUGGAAAGAAUAGCAUGGAAAUUUCAACAACAAAAAAUGGAAAAGAACUAAACGAAAAUCAGAUUGAACGGUUAUUUUGAGAUUGGAAAAUUGCAAUUGAAGCACGCAUGUUUGAGACAGUGCUACGGUGGCCGGUGGCCGGUCAAUAUUGCGCAGUCAGUUUCGGAGCCAGGAAAUUUUUUUAAUUUUCUUUCUUUCUUGCAAUUUGUUAAGGACCUAAUUCUCGAGGUUACAAGGUAAGUUACGUCACAAAAAGUACACAAUAUUUCAUUCUAUUAUUGAAAAAUCUAUCCGAAAUACCGUAAUGCGACCGGCCACCUUAAACAGGCGUGAAAGCGCGGCAAAAAUUGUCAAAAUCAUCAAUUUUACAUAUUGUGAAUAAGUUGAUGAAAACACGGGAAAAUUCGCGUUCCGGUUGGACACAGCAUCAUACAGAAAAAUUAAAAAUCGAGAUAAGGCAAAGAGCGGCAAAAAACAGUCAACAAAAACAAUGUUACAUUGCGAAAUCUGUGAAUAGAUUUAUCACAAAAAAAGGAAAAAUUUCGUUUCAUUGGGAAAACCUUGUUUCAUACUGGAAAAGCUUCCAUUAAGAAUUUUCAUCAAUUUUCAAAAAUCAAAAGCGUUAAAUUCAAUUUGAGAAUGAAAUCCUGAAGUCUACCAUUCUCAAGCUGAGUCAAACACCUCCGCCUGCAAGUCCGAAGCCUUCCUAUGCAGACGUAUUGCGUUAUGACAUUCUGGUUGCCACAAAGGAGGCUCAAUCUGCCCCUCUUCGAGAAAGCUCCUUCGUCAUUCAUAAUUUGGUUAACGAGAAGAAAGACGAAAAAAUCGUGGAAGAAAUUUGUCAACUAUCGUCGGUCGAAAAAGCUCAAGAAAUUUUUCGGCUUGGAAAGUCUACGACUCCUCCACCCCCGCUUCGCGUUCACCUCCAGAACAAGGACGCCGUCGUCAAAGUCUUGAAGAACUUCAACGAGUUGAAAGGCAAAAUUCCGUCUCUGAGAACCGCCUCCGUUCAACGGGAUAUGAGCAAGACCGAGUUGGAGAAGCAUCGGACGGCUUGGAAAGAAGCUGUUCGACGAAACGACGCGGCCGCAUCCAGGAUUUGGACCGUUCGGGACUUCGAGGUUGUCAAGCUGCGUCUCCCAGCCGGCGUCGAACGUCAUCCUUGGUCCGUGCGCUCCCAAGAACCCAAGGCGAAAUUGUGA